GAGGUUGGGGUUGGCGGCGGAGCGGCUGGAGGCGGCAGCGCCGGCCCGGCCCAGCCCGAGUCCGAGCCCGAGGCAGCGCGGCGCGGCGCGAGCCGGGACCCCCCCGCCCCGUCCCGCCCCACCGACCCUGCCCUGCCCUGCCCUGCCCGCGCAGGUGGUGCCGCGGCGCCGCCAGAGGAGGAUCCGCGCCGCCAGCCCCCGCUGCCCGGAGCCGGGACCUCGCGCCAUGGCGGGCUAUGGCUACGGCUACUACCGGGCGGUGAUCUUCACGGCCAUGUUCGCGGGCUACACGCUCUACUACUUCAACAGGAAAACGUUCUCGUUCGUGAUGCCCUCGGUCAUGGCGGAGAUACAGCUGGACAAGGACGACUUGGGCCUCAUCACCAGCAGCCAGUCGGCCGCCUACGCAAUCAGCAAGUUCAUCAGCGGUGUUCUCUCGGAUCAGAUGAGUGCCCGCUGGCUCUUCUCGUCUGGCCUGCUGCUGGUGGGCCUAGUCAACGUGGCCUUCUCCUGGAGCUCGACGGUCGCGGUCUUCUCUGGGCUGUGGUUCCUGAAUGGCUUGGCCCAGGGACUGGGAUGGCCUCCCUGCGGGAAGGUGCUGCGAAAAUGGUUUGAGCCUUCCCAGUUUGGGACAUGGUGGGCAAUCCUCUCCACCAGCAUGAAUCUGGCUGGGGGGCUGGGCCCCAUUGUCGCUGCCCUGAUGGCUCUGAGCUACGACUGGCGCACGACUCUGUCCAUCUCUGGCUUCAUCUGUGUGGGCGCCUCCUUUGUUUGCCUUGCCCUGAUUAAGAAUGAGCCGUCAGAUGUUGGGCUCCCCAGCAUUGAAGCAGGAGCCAGCAAGGGGAAAAAGGGCCCCUCCAGGGACGACAGCACCCUUACAGAGCUGCUGCUCUCGCCAUACCUCUGGGUCCUCUCAACCGGCUACCUGGUGGUUUUUGGAGUGAAAACUUGCUGUACAGACUGGGGUCAGCUCUUCCUGAUCCAGGAGAGAGGACAGUCUGCACUUGUGGGCAGUUCGUAUAUGAGUGCCUUGGAGAUUGGUGGCCUGGUAGGAAGCAUUGCUGCUGGGUACCUUUCUGACAGAGCAGUGGCACGAGUAGGCCUGUCGAGCUAUGGGAACCCUCGGCAUGUGCUCCUUCUUUCCAUGAUGGCUGGGAUGUCUGCUUCCAUGUAUCUUUUCCGGGUCACGGUCACAAGCGAGUCUCCUAAGCUGUGGAUACUGACACUAGGAGCGAUCUUUGGGUUCUCCUCUUACGGACCUAUCGCACUGUUUGGAGUGAUAGCCAACGAGAGUGCGCCUUCCAACCUGUGUGGCACCUCCCAUGCUAUUGUAGCACUAAUGGCAAACGUGGGUGGAUUCCUGGCUGGGCUGCCCUUCAGUACCAUUGCUAAGCACUAUAGCUGGGCCACAGCCUUCUGGGUGGCUGAGAUAACAUGUACCAUCAGCACCGUCGCCUUCUUCUUGCUACGGAACAUCCGCACCAAGAUGGGUCGAAUAACCAAAAAGGCUGACUGAAGCCGAGCCGCUGCUUGUGCAGAUCACAAGAGCAGCUCUUCACCACCUGGUCCGGGACUGUUGCCCAUGAGGGCAACCUCUAUAUGGAUGAAAUAGUUCUGAAUAUGCCUCACUUUCAUUUGUUCAUGUUCCUGUAUUUGAAGGCACAACAGGCUCCACUGGUUUGUGGG